AUGGAUGACCUCGAUUAUCGUGCUAUCUCACCAGUCAUCAUGAAGGAGAUGUCCAGCAGACAACGAUUUGUUCGAUUUGAGGAAAGACUAGACACGAGUGACAUGUCAUCUGACAUGAUGUUGAAAAUAGCACAUGGUAAGAUUGAUGUUCACAUCCCCACCCUAAGAGAAAAUCAAAGCUAAGAGACCUAUACAGGCCCAGAAGAAAAAAAAAAUCUGAUUGAAGCACAAUACUUCCCGCAAAACCAGGUUGCAAAGGACUUACGCACAUGCUCAUGACCAUAGAACGCGCGUAAUUAAUGUCAGUCAAAGACAAUUUUAUUUUGGUCAUGUUGAGCAGAAGAGCCGGUCGUAGUUCUGUAAACUAGUACUAGAAUGGAACAAUUAUUCAUGGCUGCAACGAACUGAGAAGGCGUGACCAUCCAGGACGCACAGAAGUGCAUAUGUUUAAUUUGUUUCUUUUAAAAUUGAUAAAGUAAGAGUUGUCUCGUUUGCAGUCGUUCGUUUGGUUUUCACGCGACCCUUCCCCCAAGAGAACGGGGGGGUGACAUCAUGAAGCAUUGCGUGACAUUCCUUAGCACGACUGUGAAGGAGACUAGAGAAAGAGUAAUUUUAGCCUGUGAGGCCCUCGUUAUUAACGCUUCGGGACGAUCAUUUCUGCGCCCGCGAGAAAGUAUGAGGCCUCGUGCACCGCAAGCGGGCGAGAGGCCUUGGCACUGAUAGUGCCAGACCCCCGGCAAACCUCUCCCCGACUCGUCUCCAAUCUUCCCGCGGGCGGAGAAGUUCUGGUCCUGCAGCGCUUAUCAUGAGGGCCUGCUAACAGAUUGAAGUAGUUAAUGAGCGUUUUUUUUUGAAGGAAAAUAUUUGAAUGCCUGGAAAGGAGUGCCAUUCUUGAAGGAUUGUCUUAGUCUCGCAAUAGUGCAGAAGUUAUUUUGGGAAGAGAAGCCUCAGACAGUCAUCGAGCUUGGCGCAUGGAAGGGUGGAUCAGCCUUGUGGUCAGCAGAUAUGCUGAAAAUUUUAGGUGUGAAGUCACAUGUCUUUUCUAUGGACAUUGAUCUUUCUCUUCUGGAUCCAGUCGCCAAGGAAUGCCCUGAUGUAACUUUCAUUGAAGGAAAUUCGAAUGAAAUCGAAAAAUGCUUCCCUCCAGAAUUGCUUCAGGUAAGAAAACAUAUUGCCAAUUAUCAUCCAUCAACUUGGGAAUAUCCGGUGAUAUUUGCGCGCGAUUAUUCUAGUCGUGUCACGUGAUCUUAUAUGUCGCAGCCAUAACUUGGGAAUAUCCGGUGAUAUUUCCCAAAUGAGAUUCGCUAAUUUCUAGAUAUGUUUCUUUUCUUCGUUAUGAAUCCAAUUCACGAUGAGAGAGGGUUUUUUUGUUGUUACAGAAGAAGGGACAUAUGUGUCUGUUAAUGAAGUCGUACCAAAAAAGAUUUGACGGAUGCCAAACAAAGGAACCUUCGUUUGGUGCGAAAAUAUACUCGUAGAUUUGUCCUUGGACAUUAUCUGUUCCUCGUUGCUCACAGUUCUCCUCGAGUUUCGUUCUCGGAAUACUGCUCGCCUCUGAGAACAGAUGAUUUCCUAGCAUACUUUCUGGCCGGACGGAGGCUGUUGUUUAUAUUUUACUGAAUUUGAUGAUCUAUCUCUAACAAAGCUUAAAUGUAAGAGAAACCGAAUUUGAGCCAAGGUAACUUUCACCCACAGACUCUCCCACAUCCUUGGUUCAUUACCGAAGACGUGCAUAUUAAUAUAGUUGAAGUACUGAAAUACUUUGACAAAUUUACGGAGCCUGGUGACUACAUCUGUGUAGAAGAUACUAAUCCAUUAGCACCAAACCAGCCUGGCCAGGGACUAAUCAAAGAGCUUGGGUAUACUCCGUUUGGACAUUCGAAACUUGAUAAGUUAAAGGAAUUUAUGAAAACUCACUCAGAGAGAUACCUUGUUGACCAACUAUAUACAGACCUCUUUGGGUGAGUGUUGAGUUCACAUAUUAAAAAUCAGCUUCAAAUUAAAGGCAAUAGCUACAAGAAAAACCUGGCGAUAAGGGACCGAUUAUUAUUUUUCACCUGAGGUGAGGGGGAGGGUCGGAGGAUUUUGGCCUUAACGUGUUUUCUACAUCCUACAUUUCACAUGGUGCAAAGCUUAACUAAGCUGUAAAACACGUGAUAGAUUUUUGGACCAAAUCCUCAAGCUGUUGCCCUCGUAAUCCAGGUUCGGAAACGGAAAUAAAUUUCAAACGCUAUUAAGGAUGAAGACGGGUAUGAAAAAUGAUGUUUGGUCUGAAAGACGAUCAUGCAGGAUCUGGAAAACCGGGUGGAACAACCUUUACUAAGAAUUGCGAAGACUAUUUCCCCAUCUCAUUCAUAUUUUGGACCGAUCUCAUAUCAAUGACAUUUUAGUCCCUGAGAAUUUUUCGUUAUUUGAGAAACGAUGAAUUCUGUGACAACAAUUAUUCCACAGGCCGCCUAUUUCCUUUGUCACCGACCACCCACCCCCAUCGGGAGCACUCGUUAAAUCCCCCCCCCCGGGGUUUCUUUCGCUUUGGGAUGACAUUUAAAAGAAAUUUUAUUGGCUGUGAACAGACUAACAAAGAUUCAUAUUUGAUAAUGACGGUGGAUUUUUUUGCUUUUGUAUGGCAGGUAUAAUGUUACAUGGAACUCAAACGGUUUCCUCAAACGCGUUUAG